CAGAGAAGAGCCGGCUAUGAAGUGCCACUCGGAAGAAGUAAAAAAGAGUUUAACUUCAGUGUAUACACAAAAACAAUUCAACAGUAAAAUAUAUAUAUAUUUAAUAAGUCCAAAUGGAAUCCGCCGUACGAAAGCGCAGAAUUUCCUUUCUGCAGAACAAUAGACAUGCCGAUAAACGGACACGCAACUUGUCAACAAUAUCACCUCCCAGCACUCUAGUUCAAACAGUAAAGAAACCCGUCAAGAAGUUCUCUUCGGAUUUAGCCAAUCUUCCACCGGUUCCCGCAAUCGAUGCUUUUCAACGAGGCUACCAAGUAGAAUCGAUAUUGGACAUGGUACAAAACACCCACAAGGAGCAAUUCCUCUACAUAAAGUUUACGAGACUCAUUGAACCCGAGUUGGUUCCUUUGGAACUGGCCUUGCAGCAUGUUCCCCAUCUGCUUUCUGAUUUCUACAAGGAGUACGUCCAGGCCUGGCAGAAAAUGGAAAAGCAAAUGGAAUGAUGUAUCACCUUAAAAUUGAAGAGAGAAAUUAAACACAAUUAAUGGAGUAUGAGAAGUGCGAAACUGCCUCACAUUUAUGACGCAUCCUUUUCUGCAGUCUCGCGUCGAGUUUUAAAUAAUUUUAUGCCUAUUUGGCUCGUACAGCUCGCAAAAUUUCACACCUCAGCCAUCAAAAGUUGAGGCGGACGUGCGUGCCAGAAGUUUUUGCCAUCCGCAAAUAAAGGAUACAGAAAAUGUUUAA